CUUCCACACUUGUUUGGAGGAGCAGGACUUUCUGGCAGACACUGUGUGUGUUCUGUGUUAGAGGAGAAAAAGAAUGACCUGAGGAGGGAGAGACGGGACAACAACCACUGAAAGGAAGCGAGGACUGCAGCAGAGAGGGGCAGAAACUGAGAGGGAACCCAGACAUUUCUCAUUUCCGCAGAAGAAAUACUGGACUAGAAGAGCAAAAAUGACCAAAGCCUCUGUGUUGGCCCUGCUGCUCCUCUGGGCCUGUCCACUGGACUUCUACAGGCCUGCCUAUGAGGAGAGAAAAGAUCCGGAUCCCAGCUGGGACAGAGUGCACCCAAGGGACUAUCAUCAGGAUGCCAGGCGCAGGGAGGUGAGGGAGUGUCGACGCUGCUGUGACCCAGGAGAGGAGGCUCCCCAUCAGUACUCCAGCCAACAGAACCCGCAGUACCAGAUCGUACCACAGAUCAACAUCACGUUCCUCAAAGGCGAGAAAGGGGAUUCUGGAGAACGAGGAUCCUAUGGUAAAUCAGGCCGAGCUGGUCACAUGGGUCCUCCAGGCCCAGGCGGAAUAAAAGGCAACAAAGGCAGCAUGGGCCAACCUGGUGAACCGGGCAAGUCUUAUUUUGCAGCCUUCUCUGUUGCUCGCAAGAAGGGUAUACAAUCCAACGACUACUAUCAGACUCUGCUUUUUGACAGAGAGCUCGUCAACCUGUACGGUCACUUCAACAUGUUUACGGGUAAGUUCUACUGCUACGUGCCCGGUAUCUACUACUUCAGCCUGAACGUGCACACCUGGAACCAGAAGGAGACGUAUCUACAUGUGAUGCACAAUGAGCAGGAGGUGGUGAUCCUCUACGCCCAGCCAAGUGACCGCUCCAUCAUGCAGAGUCAGAGCCUGAUGCUGGAGCUGGAGAGCAGCGACCAGGUGUGGGUCAGACUCUUUAAAGGGGAGAGGGAGAACGCCAUCUUCAGUGAUGAGUUUGACUCUUACAUCACCUUUAACGGACACCUGAUCAAGCCUAAGAGCGAGCUGUAGGUACACACAAGAAGCAUGUAAAUAUGGACAAACAGUGGAGUUAGAGUUAGACCCUAAUGUAUUAUGAAUAUGUUAUGAAUCAAUAUUUAAUGACAAUUCUGCUGACCUUUAAAACAACAGAGUAACAUGAUACGUUCAAACAUUUGUUCUUUCAGGUUCAUUUCGACCAAGAGUUCCGGGGUCCUUUAGCCCCCAGAACUACUUUACCCUGAACUAAAAGGUUCCUGUGCCUCCAUUGUUGUCUGCAU